AUGUCAAAUAUCACUGGUGACGCUUUGUUCCGUGCAGUCACAUCCAACGAUGAUAAGCUAGCAUCACAGCUAAUAUUGGAAUUUAAAGCUCACAUCAAAAGAGAUCUAGUUAAUUUGUCUUACGUACCAAAAUACUUUGAAACACUAGUAUUGGCAUACAACAAACCAAGCCUGACUACCAAUUCAUUUUCAACCAUUUGUCAUUUGGUAAAACGUGUGAGUAUUCAAGAUUCAAAGGUGCUAAAGCUUGUGGACUUUCAGGUCGUGCCCUUUCUUAUAGAUCGCCUCAAUGAUGAAAAGCCAUCACUCAAAAAUACAGCCAAGAAAGCCAUGUUGACUUACUGGCAAUCUGUGCCGAAUGAGUUUGAAAUGAGUUUGAAAUCGUAUGGUAUGCAUCAUUUUGAUUCAUCAGUGAGACACGAAGUGUUAAAAAUGCUUUGCGAAAUUGUCGACAACACACCAGGAUUCAGUUUCAAGACUUUCCUUCCGGAAACAGUAAUGCUCCUAGAUGACAAAAGCCACGAAGUCUCUAGUGCUGCAUUAGAGCUAUUAGUAUUGGUGUUUAAAAUUGUUAACCCUAACAAUAGAACUGCAAAAAGCGACUUGGUUAAUCAAUUAAUGAAAUCUAGGAUAUCUCGAUCUCAGUCAAUCAGAGUAUUAAAUCAUAUUGAUGAAAGCUUGGUGGCAGAAUACAUCAAAUUAAUGAAUCAGACAUCUUUUGUUAGCGCGGGACCUAUAAAAGUUACCACAACAACCAUCUCAAACCAGAAAAAUACCAGCUCCAAAUCUGGUUCCGAUAUCAAAGCUCAUGAUCGACCAAAGGCAAAGGUAGCAGUGAACAAUCAUUUACUUAGGAUGCAUACCUCCAGCAUGCAAUUACGAACAGCAUUCAAAGAGAAUUCACAUAAAGAAGCUCCAAGAGAUGUAUUCGAUAAAAACGAUCAAAAUAUACUGCAUUCAGAAACUGAGCCAACGAUUUCAGAACUCGUGAAUGAGGUACCUCUCUAUUCUAUACAAGACUCACUAAAACCCAUGGAUUUCAGUGGAGAAGAGCAACUGUCAGAAAAACUUAACUCUCUAACAGCACCUUUUCAAGGCAGAGAAACCGAGUUCAACUGGGCUCUUAGAGAGCAGGCAAUUGUUCAGCUACGAUGUAUAAUAAGAGGGAAUGCAAUUACGGACUAUCAGGAGCUGACCGCACAAUUCUUGAAGAUGGAGAAAGACUGUAUAUGCAAAGCUGUGUCCUCCCUGCGCACUACCCUUUCUAGUCAUGGAUGUCAGUUAUGCAAAGAACUGGGCAUCUACUUUGGCUCCUAUCUCGACAACGGCGUGGUGGAUUCAUUGGUUAUGUCAUUAAUCAAACUCACGUCAUCUCGCAAAACAAUUUCACAACAGAACGCGAAUGCAGGCAUCAUAGGUCUACUCAUAAACACUAGCUACAGCCAGAGAUUAGUAAAUCAAAUAACGGUUGCGGCUCAGGAUAAAAAUGCACAGCCCAGGGCUUACGCAGGAACAUGGCUUCAUAUUUUACUAGUGAAGUACAGAGAUAACAAAUCCAUUGUCGAUAACGCGGGAUUUUUGGAGCCUGUUGAAAAAAUCAUUGCGAAAGGCGUUGGAGACCCUUCGCCUGCCGUUCGAGAUUCGAUGAGAGCUGCAUUCUGGUGUUUGAAUACUAUAUUCCCUUCAAUAUGCACUCGUAUAGUGAGUCGACUAGACUCCAGCACCUUGAGAGCUUUGGAAAAAGCUAGACCAAAGCCAAACCAUCAAGUCUCAAAUCAGACGUCCAUACAAAGGGCGAACAGUCGGCCAUCAAUGAAAGAACUUAUUAUCUCAAAGCAAAAAGAGGCACAUCAUUCGAGUAUGAAGAGAACAGGGAGUGAAUCAAAGACGGUAGCUCGCAAAAAAAGUUCAGAUAUUCUUGAUGAAGGCCUUUCUGAAAAAAGAAUCAGUUCUCUAAAUAGGGUUGUUUCAUCAGGAUCGGGGAACCAGGAUCAUGCCCCGUACAAUGAAAAAGAAAAAGAAGAUGCUGAAAAGAAAGAGGACCAUACGGGGACAUUCACUCUCAAUAUACCUGUUGAUAAAAUUCGAAGGCAUACGGAAAUAUAUGACCUUGAUUCUGAAAGCGAAAAAAAAGAGCGCCAUAUAUAUAACCUUCUCUCUUCCGAUGAGAGGGAAGAUCAAGUGGAGGGACUCAAAAAAUUGAUAUACGGGGAGAACACCAAUUCAUCGAGUAAAUUCAUCUAUCUUGCUAACCGAUUAUCGGUCAUAAACCCGUCCGCAUUUUUUGAUUAUUGCAAGCAUCCUGAUUCAUUCAAAAAACUGUGCUACAUUUUAGAACCCGAGAACCUGCUUCGCAUAAUUUGCUGCUACAAUGUGAAUCAUACACUUUAUAGUGAAAACCUGACAGCAAUGGCAGAAGUAUUACAACAAAGUGAGUUGGUUAGUGCACUCAAUGUUGUUCUGGACCUUUGUAUUGAUGCCUCCAAUUGUGAUGAUAUCAACUUGUCGAUGCAGUUCGUGAAAAACCGAGUAGGAUUUCUGGACACCUGUUAUUCGGUGGUUGAUUACUUGUUGAGGCAAAGUCAGGUCAAGCUGAAUUCACGUGAAAUAAAAAUGCUGUUGAGACGAUUAUUCAAAAGCUGGGAAGUUGUUCACAUGGAACCCACGAAAUUGAUCUCAAUUUUAAGAGCGGCUUUUGAAAUCUAUGAAUCUGACUUUAUUCAAUGCUUCAACGAACAUGAUGACAGGGUUUUGAAAACAGAUUUGAAAGACAAGAUGCCCUUCGAAUUUCAGAAACGCUUUGGGUCGCCAUCAUCUUCAUUCCACGAGAGUCUCGGCUUGGCAGAAAUAGAGGAGCCCAUUGCUGAUGGACUCACUAUGGUUGUUGGAAAUAAUUUUGAUCGUUCAAACGAUGUGAAGUCCGAUAUGACAAUGAUUAUGCCAAAUUUCAAGAGCCAUAUAAACCCAAAACAUCAUUCAGAACCAGAUAAUCCUUUUGUUGAAACCGUUAACAAUCAAGCUCUUGAUUUCAAACCCAAUUACGAUAUAUCCCAGGUAUUUCAGGACCAAAACGAACGAGUUCGGGAUUCAAAUGGUCCUGAAUCGUUAGAUGAAAAGAUGGAAACUGAUAGAUUGCAAGUUAUGUCCGACACCACACCAGAUCUUAAUCAAUUGACCAUAUCAGACAACAGGAAUGACAGUUGUGCGGAGGAGAAACAAGGGGAUAUGAAAGCGCUCAAUUUGCCAUCCAAGGCUUCCAAAGAGUUACUUUCCGCUUUGGUGUCGGCCGAUCCUAUUUCCCAAAUGACUGGCUUGGCCAAAGUUGAGAUAUAUGACGACAGUAAUCACUUGUUCCGGCAAAUGGACUCAUGGACCGAGUUUGAGGCCUACAAAAUUUCUAAGACACCUUAUGAUGUCUCAAAAUCGGAGACACUUUUAGAAAAGCUUUUGGGGCAGACUAUUACAAAUGCAGAACUUUAUGAGUUUGCGUCUUUGUUAAGUCAUGAGAAUGUUUAUGAGCUCAAAGUUGUGCAACAGGCAGCUCUGGAUUAUGUUGCUUCUAGCCCAUCUCCCGAUCACAUAUAUGCAUGCCUUUUGAUCCUGCGAACUUGCAUUCUGAAUAACAACUGGUUUCAAAUACGUGAGGUUUUCCAUAAAUUGAUUGGUAUUUACUCUGAAUGCGAAAGUGUGGCUGAUUCUGAUGAAUUGUUUUUAGCUGUUUCGGAAACUUUAGAUCUGAUUCCUUUCUUGGAACUGUAUGUGGAAGCACUUCAAGACAGGAAUUCGAAUAGUGUCGCAGUUCAAGUCCUCCUACUAGAUAACCUUCGAAAACACAUCUCUCCUGCUAAAUUGCACUCAGAGCUUGUCUUCAAACUGGACUUGAUCUUCUACAAAUAUCUACACUCACAACAUACAGCAAUUAGGAGAUCAGCUAUAAUGCUUUAUGCAAUCCUCCAGAAUUUGAAAGAUCACGCGCUCUUGGGUCAGUCGAUUACAGAGCUUGUCAAUGACCUUAUUUUAAAGAAACUCAAUGACUCACAGCUUAAGCUAGUCAAACAGUAUACGGCUGGAGCUUGA